AUGCAAUAACUUCCAUCAUUAAUACGAUAUGAAGAGAUAUAUGAUUUGGAUGUAGAGAAAUUGGAAGAGAUAUAGACUAAUAUUAGGUCACAAAACACAGAUGAUGUCUAGUGGAAUAAAAAGGCAAAAAAAAUACUCGAUUUGAUAGAUGUAGAACUUAAAGAAAGAUUGACUAUUCAAAACUUUGCAUCUAACAUUUAAUUUCAGGACUUUAUUUAAUAACCUAUCUAUCAGAACAAUGCGCUUUAAUCUAUAUUAAACGAUAUUAAAUCGAGACCUGCAAAUUAUUUGGAUUAAUAGUAUUCUAAACCACCACUUCCAAGAUAUGAAUAAUCAAAAUAAGAACAGCAACCGUAGCAAUCUAAAUAGUUAUAUUAAUAGAGUUGUUAGAAAGUUUCACAAUAGAAAUCCUGCUAAUCUGAUGCUAUGUCUUUAAGCACUGUAACCAGAAGCAGCAAUGCUAACACUCGAUUAUAAGCCAAGAAGCCCAAUCAAAUGUUGGAAAUGAUGAAGGAAGUGCUAAAAAAGACAGAAGUUACAAAUCAAUAAUUUAUUAUCGGAGCAGCUAUCAACCAUAGGUAUGUACCUCCACCUCCAAAACCAUAGUUAUCUACUGUUGAAAAAAUUAAACAAGAGAAAUUAUUAAGGAAGAAGAAAAAGAAGAAAACCAAAUUAGAAAAUAAUAAAUCCUCCUAAGAUCAUUUACCUGAAAUCAAUCUUCAAAAGAACAUCCCUAAAUAAUCAACAUAAUAGAGGCUUGAAGCAUCAAAUUUACAUUCAUAAACCCCCGAUAUCUUUAAAAGUGCGAUUGAAAAUAAAAAUAUAAGUUAGAAUGAGGAAGGGUACAAAGAAAGCUAAUAAAUAAAAGAAUUCCACAAUGUAAAAUAAUAAACAAAUAAUAAUUCUUAAGUGUCUUAAAAAUCAGCUAAAAAAUAAUAAAUUGAUUAUCAAGAUAAAUCUAAAUUAUUAGAAGAGAAUGAGUUCUUGGAAAAUUAAUAAUAUAAUACUAAUGUUAAUAUUCAAUAAGAUCAAGUGAGCCAAAAUACAAAUUCUAAUAAUGAUGUAAGAGAAUAUAAAGAAUUAUAACACAAAUCUGAUCCCUUAGAUAUAAUAGAUGAUGCUAAUAAUGAUUAAUCAUAAAAAAUAACUUUCAUUACUAAAAAUUAAUCUUAGGAAAGGAUAAAAUGUCAAUAAAACAAAUCACAAUAAUAAAUUACUUAGAUUGAAUAAAAUAAUACUACUUAAACCUUAAUUCAAACUAAUUUGCCAGAUUCAAGCAAAAAUAGUCUAACCUAAAAUAAAGAAAUAAAUGCUUAAAAAAGGACGAGCAUUUAAUCUCAUUAAACUAAGAAGACCUAAGAAGACUUAGAUGCUGUUAUUAAUACUCAAAAAUAGACAUAAUAUUAAAUUGAAGCCUAAAAAAAAAAGUUAGAGGAAAAAAAUAGCUAAAUAUUUGAAUAAAAUUUUAAACCAAAUUCAGAGGAUUAAAUUAAGAAUAAUGGAGAUUCUUAAGAUUAUUAUAACGAGGAUAGCUUUUAGUCAGAUGAUGAAGUAAGAUAAAAAGAUGAUGGUAAAAGAAUUUAAAAUUAAAAUUCAAAUAACAAUUAAUAAGUUAUCCCUCAAACUUAGGAACAAUUUACUAAGCAUGAAUAAUAGUAAAUGGUUAAAAAGUCUAUAAAGCCGGUUUAAUCAGUGUAAUAAAAAGAUUAGAAAUUAAAACAGAACGAAAAGAUAAAUAAAAGUGUGCCUCAAAAAUAAUAAAUUUAAAAAAUUCCUAACACCUAAUCCAAUUAUAAGGUUGUAGAAUAAAUUAAGGGAGAUGAAGAAAUAAUUGAAGAUUUUAUUGAAGUAGAAAGUGAUAAUGAGGCUUCUGUGCCAAUUAAGCACAAACCUCUUAAAGAAUUGGUUGGUAAGGUUAUUGGGAGAGUAGAUUAGCCUAAAUAUAAAGGUGUGAUAGAGAUUAAGUAAAAGCCAGCCUUAACUGAUCAAGAAAAAUUAGAGGAAAUAAAUAAUCUUUGUAAAUAGAUGGGCUUAGAUGAAUUUAAAGAUAAAUAAUAGUAGUAAUAAUAAUAGCAUCAAUAGUAGUAAUAAUAAUAGUAGCAAUAAUAAUAAUAAUAGUAAUAAUAAUAAUAGUAAUAAUAAUAGUAGCAAUAAUAAUAAUAAUAGUAAUAAUAAUAAUAAUAAUAAUAAUAAUAAUAAUAAUAAUAAUAGUAGCAAUAAUAAAAAUAAAUCUUAAAAUAAUAAGAUAAUAAAACUAAAACUAUCUAAUCAAAAUAAAUUUAAAGAAUGCUUAAAUUUAUUGAUGAUAAAAAAUUAGUAGAUUAUUCAGACAUAGUUCCUGCAUUUUAAAACUUAUUCAGUGGAUUCUUUAAUAAUUAAUCUCAUUAUAAUCAUCUUGAGAUUAUGAAAGAGAUUCAUAGUGUUUUUAGUCAACAUAUUGAAAAGGUUGACAAUGUUGAUUCACUUUUAGGCAAGUAUAAAUCUAGUUCCUUAGUUAUAAAUCCAAAUGAAUUAGUCUAUAUUAACGAUCCAUAACGUUUGAUUUAAUUUUCAACUACUACAGGUGUGGAUAUGCAACAGUAUAUUUAAAGACAAAUGGUUUUCAAUAAACGACUUUAAAAUGACGGUGCACUAUCAGGGAAAGACGAACGAUACUUUAGAGUAGUGAAAACAAAAGAAGAGGUAUAUGAUAUCAUUACUAGAUCAUUUAUGAGAAAGCAAGGAUGGAGUGAAUUACCGCAUGGAAUUGGUCUUCGAACUUCUUGGAAUAUAUUGUGGACCUGGUCUAAACCAUAAAUUGACUUGAAUAAAUUGUUCUACUUUUAGAAAGUAAACCAUUUUCCAUUUAAUAAAAAUCUUGGAAGAAAAGAUUUAUUAAAAAAGAAUAUAGAAAGAUGCUAGCGACAAGGAGGAAAGGCAUAUUAAACUUUUGACAUUAUUCCUGCUACUUAUCUAUUGCCGAAAGAGUAUGUUUAGUUCAUGGAAAAGUUCUAUAAGGAUUCUGAAACAGAGGGUCAAUAAAAUAUUUGGAUUAUGAAACCAACAGGGAAAUCCAGAGGAAGAGGAAUAACAGUGCUCAAUGACAUAUCUGAAGUAAUGUAUGCUGAACCUGUGGUAUUAUAAAAAUAUUUGAAAAAUCCUCUAUUGUUGAAUGGACGUAAAUUUGAUAUGAGAAUUUAUGUGUUGGUUACUUCAUUUAAUCCAUUGGAAGUCUAUUUAUAUAAGGAAGGGUUUGCUCGUCUAACAACUUAAUAGUUUAGUUUAGAAAUAAAUGAUCUUAAAAACUAAUUAAUCCAUUUGACAAAUUUUGCAGUCUAAAAGACUCAUGUAUAAAUUUAGGAUUUAGAAUAAUAAUUAGGAGGUUGCAAGAUUUCACUAAAGCAAUUAAAGGAGAAAUUAGAAGCAAAAAAUAUAAAUUGGAAUCAAAUUUGGGAGUAGGUUUAAGACAUAAUACUCAAAUCAUUAGUGGCUUGUUAGAUAGAAAUACCAAAUAACCCUAAUAGUUUUGAAUUAUUUGGCUAUGAUAUAAUUAUUGAUACUAACCUAAAGUGUUGGCUUUUGGAAGUGAAUGCUUCGCCAUCAUUGGAGAGAGAUUAUUUAUUAGACGAAUUAAUAAAAUAAUAAUUGAUUGACGACAUUUUUGAUUUACUAGAUACUCCAAAAUAUGAUAGAUAAAGAUUAUGCGAAGUCUUAGAAAGACGAAUAUAAGAGGAACAAAGUAAUAAACCUCAAAACAAUUCUAAAUUAUAAUUACAAAGAGAUCUUAAUUAUAUUUUAAAUGGACAGCAUAUUAGAAGAUAUGGAGAAAUGCCAAAUCAAAUGGGUGGUUUUAUGAGAUUGGCCCCUUCAGAGAAGUAUGAAAAGCUUUAAUCUAUUGUACAACAUCAUAAAACAUUUAAUGGCAGAGGAACUAUUGAUUGA